GGUUGGAAAAGACAUGGUUUUUAUUGUUACUUCAUUGGAAAUACAUUUGUAUCAUUUUCUCAAGCAAAUCAAACCUGUGGAAGGCAUCGGGCCUUUUUAGCAACUAUUGAAGACAGAUACGAACAAGCCUAUCUGACUAGCUUGGUUGGGCUGAGAACAGAAAGGUACUUUUGGAUUGGACUUUCGGAUGUAGAAGAAAAGGGAACAUUCAAGUGGGCUAAUGGCGAAUCUGUCUUAUUUACACACUGGAAUUCUGAAAUGCCUGGAAGAAAGCCGGGCUGUGUUGCCAUGAGGACUGGAAUUGCAGGUGGAUUAUGGGAUGUAAUAAAAUGUGAAGAAAAGGCAAAGUUCCUAUGCAAAGUGUGGGCAGAGGGAGUGACACUUCCACCUGUUCCUACAACAACUCCUAUUCCCCAGUGUCCAGAAGGUUGGGACUCAAACAAUCGUAUUAGCUUCUGUUUCAAACCUUUUUCAAGAGGAGAGCAGAAGAAAACAUGGCUUGAAUCUCAAGAGUUUUGUCGAGCUAUAGGAGGAGAUCUAGCCUCCAUUAACGGUAAAGAAGAACAGUAUGUGAUAUGGCGUUCUAUUGCGAACAAUGGCUAUUACCACCAGCGUUUCUGGAUGGGCUUAUAUUACUUGAAUCCUGAUGAUGGCUUUGUUUGGAGUGAUGGAUCUCCAGUGAAGUAUGAAAACUGGGGCUUUGGAGAACCCAAUAAUUAUCAAGGAAUUGAACUUUGUGCAGAGAUCAGUGGUGAUUCCAGCAUGCUUUGGAAUGACAGGCACUGUGAUUAUCUGUAUGGAUGGAUUUGCCAGAUAAGAAAAGGGGCAAGUGUAAAGCCUGAACCAACAGAACCUCCCACACCCAAAUACAAGACUACUGAGGAUGGGUGGAUUAUACAUGAAGACAAACAAUAUUAUUUCAGCACGGAAAGUGUUCCUAUGGAAAAAGGUCGGGAGUUCUGCAAGAGGAACUUUGGAGACCUUGCUGUCAUUGAGAGUGAAAGUGAAAGAAAGUUCCUCUGGCGAUAUAUCUUGAAAAAUGGCAAAGAGGAUUCCUAUUUCAUUGGUUUACAACUGAGUGUUGACCAGCGGACAAGCUGGAUCGAUGGCACUCCAGUGAAUUAUUUGGCAUGGGCACCACAUGAACCUAAUUUUGCAAAUAAUGAUGAAAAUUGUGUAGUUAUGUAUAAGAAUUUAGGAUUUUGGAAUGAUAUAAACUGUGGUUAUCCAAAUCCCUACAUAUGUGAAAGGCACAACAGUUCCAUUAAUUCAACUGUUCCUCCAACAACAUUUUCACCUCCAAGAGGAUGUCAUCCAACUUGGCUUUCCUUUCAUAAUAAGUGUUACAAAAUAUUUGGAUCUACAGAAGAUGAACGUGUCACUUGGCAUGCAGCGCGAACAGCUUGCAUGAAUUUAGGAGGAAACCUGGCCACUAUCCCUAAUGAACAAGUGCAAGCUUUCCUCACCUUCCAUAUGAAAGAUUUUGUUACUGAUACAUGGAUUGGAUUAAAUGAUAUAAAUCAUGAACUGAGGUUCCUCUGGACAGAUGGAACAGGAGUUUACUUUACAAACUGGGCCAAAGGCUUUCCAUCAGGACAUACAGAUUUAUACUCAUACGAUGGCCAGGCUGAUUGUGUUGUCAUGAGAAACAGUCCUGUUAAGGAAGCAGGGAAGUGGGCUGAUGAGAGUUGUGAUAACAACAGAGGAUAUAUAUGCCAAAUUAAUGCAGAUGCUGAGUUUCUGCCUUCUACAAGUUCAUCCCCAUCGAGCAUUAUCCGUUAUGGUAACAGUAGUUAUUUGUUCAUCCAUACCAAAAUGAAAUGGGAGGAUGCACGAAAAAACUGCAAACGUGAUCAAUUUGACCUUUCCAGUGUCUUAGACCCCUACAGUCAUUCGUUCCUGUGGCUAAAGCUAUUAAAGUAUGGGGUGCCUAUGUGGAUUGGUCUUAACAGUAAUGUGACCAAUGGGCGUUAUGAAUGGAUUGAUAACUGGAGAAUGAAGUAUACUAAAUGGGCUGAAGGGGAGCCAAAGCAGAAAAUAGGCUGUGUCUAUCUAGACAUCACUGGAGCCUGGAAGACAGGAUCUUGCAAUGAAAGUUACUUCUCUGUUUGCAAAAAACCUGAUGUUCAAGCUCCCACUGAGCCCCCUCAGCUUCCAGGAAGGUGUCCUGAAUCAGAAGGACACAAGUCUUGGAUCCCUUUCCGAGGUCAUUGCUACUACAUUGAAUCUUCAUCUACAAGAAACUGGGCCCAGGCAUCUUUAGAAUGUCUUCGACUAGGUGCUUCUUUGGUAUCAGUUGAAGACUCAGCUGAAGCCAACUUUCUGGCAUACACCAUUGAACCACUUGAAGGAAAAACAUCAACUUUUUGGACAGGAAUGUACAGAAAUGUGGAUGGAGAAUGGCUGUGGCUAGACAACACUGCAGUGAAUUUUGUCAACUGGAAUGUAGGAGAACCUUCCUCUCAACAAAAUGAGCACUGUGUUGAAAUGUAUGCAAACUCUGGGUACUGGAAUAAUAUCUAUUGCUCUUCCUACAAAGGCUAUGUUUGUAAAAAGCCAAAAACAACUGAAACACCACCAGCAGCAGAAAUGCCACCAGCUGAGAUGCCUACAAAGGCAAUGACAAAGGACGAGAAGGCUCUUACUCUGAACCAUGGUAAAACAGGAGUUGUAGUUAUUGUUGUCAUCUUCGUCCUAGUUGGAAGUGGCCUUGCAGGCUAUCUCUUCUACAAGAGAAGAAAGAAUCGCUUGUCAACAAAUGACAGCUUUGAGAACAAUUUGUAUUUUAAUAGUGAUGCAUUGCCUGGAACUAGUGACACGAAGGAUCUUGUGACCAACAUAGAACGGAAUGAACAUGCAACACUGUAAUGUAAUAAAAUGAAAUGUAAUGUAAUAUGUAAUGUAAAAUGUAAUGUAAUAAAAUAAAAUGUGCCUUGUUUUAAUAAAAUUAUGCAAUUAGAAUUAAGCCAAAGCUAUUUUCUCAUGUGC